AUGAUUAAAGAGAUGAACCUAUAUGACUCUAAUCCCUUUGAAUUGUCUCCCGCGUCCUCCUACUCAAUCUACAAUGGUAGGCACUGGCACUGGUAUUGUUUUACUGCAAAAAUUAACGAGGAAAGAAGACAUUGCAAGACCGGGUUUUGGAAGAAGAAAGGAAAUGUCCGUAAUAUUACUAAUGCAGAUAACGUAGUUUUAGGAACUAAAACUCUCUUUGUUUUCUAUCUUGGAAAGUCCCUAAAUGAUUCAGAAAGAACUAAUUGGACUAUGUAUGAAUAUGCUUUGGCAAACAAUCCGCAGGUUGGUUUUGUUCUUUGUAGAAUAUUUGAUUGCCCAAUAGAGAUUGACGUGGAUAAUGAAUUUGGGCCUUUAUCUGAUGUUGAUGAAACUGAUUGUGAUGAAAGUGAUAACGUGCUUGAGAAAUUCGACGUAUGA